AUGAACGAACUCUUGAGAUCAGCUGAUUAUUGUCAUUUUGCUGUCACCCAUUUAACAAUUCUAUUGAUUCUAUUUGAUUUUGUAUUGCAAAACAAUAAAAGUAAAAGUAUUGUGCUACUUUUAGAAGUCGCACGUCAUGUAAAAGUGAAUGAUAGCCCUUCAUUAAGACCAAUAUAACUAAUCUGCAAAGUGUUUUAAACAGUAUUUCUUAUAUUUAUACUGCUGGAAUGGAAAAUUUCCAUCUAUAAUCAAUACAUUGUGACCUGCUCAAAGUACUGUUUCAUCGUUUCGUGGUUGUACAGCUGAGAAGCAUUGAAAAACCAGAGGCCCCACUUAAAAAGCCGGUAAAAAGUGUUAGGCAUGUCUCACUUGGGUCAUGUCGUAUACAGAAUUGGAGCAAGGGUAUCAAGGUCUACGUAAGAUAACGUACAGACCGGCACAGUUCUAUGUAGGGGCAGGGGACUUGGAAUUAUGCGAUCCCAGCAACCCGGAUCUGGACCCCCAAGAAAUGGACGAUGGGGGCAAGGUGGUCAUUGUGGGCGUGUGUGCCAUGGAAAAAAAGACCCAGAGCAAACCCAUGAAGGAGAUUUUGACCAGGCUGCAGGAUUUUGAAUACAUUAAAGUGAUCGUGUUUCAGGAAGACGUUAUCUUGAAUCAACCUGUUGAGGAAUGGCCAGUCUGUGAUUGCCUCAUUUCAUUCCAUUCCAAAGGGUUUCCAUUAGACAAAGCGAUACAGUAUGCCCAACUACACAACCCCUACGUCAUCAACAACUUACACAUGCAGUAUGACAUUCAGGACAGAAGAAAAGUAUACUCAACGUUAGAGGCUGAAGGCAUUGCCAUUCCUAGAUAUGCAGUUUUAGAUAGAGACAGUCUAGAUCCAAAAGAUCAUGAAUUGGUUGAAUCGGAAGACCAUGUUGAAGUCAACGGUAUCAUCUUCAACAAACCCUUCGUCGAGAAGCCUGUAUCGGCGGAAGAUCACAAUAUUUACAUUUAUUACCCUACUCAGGCCGGCGGGGGUAGUCAAAGACUAUUCAGAAAGAUUGGCAGUCGAAGCAGCGUGUAUUCACCGGAAUCCAGGGUGAGGAAAACUGGCAGUUUUAUUUAUGAGGAUUUCAUGCCCACAGACGGAACGGAUGUGAAGGUGUACACCGUCGGUCCAGACUAUGCCCACGCCGAAGCCAGAAAAUCGCCAGCUUUGGAUGGAAAAGUGGAAAGGGAUAGAGAAGGAAAGGAAAUUCGAUAUCCUGUAAUUUUGAGCAACGCCGAAAAAUUGAUAUCCAGGAAAGUUUGCCUGGCUUUCAAACAGGCGGUGUGCGGAUUUGAUUUACUUAGAGCUAAUGGCAAGUCGUUUGUUUGUGAUGUGAACGGCUUUAGUUUUGUUAAGAAUUCGAAUAAGUACUAUGACGACUCGGCAAAAAUACUGGGAAACAUGAUAUUAAGGGAGCUGGCUCCCACCUUACAUAUACCGUGGUCAGUACCGUUCCAACUUGACGAUCCGCCCAUAGUACCCACCACGUUUGGUAAAAUGAUGGAACUGAGAUGCGUGACGGCUGUGAUAAGACAUGGCGACCGAACGCCUAAACAAAAAAUGAAGGUCGAAGUUCGCCAUCCCAAAUUUUUCGAAAUAUUCGAUAAAUAUGACGGUUACAAACAUGGCCACGUAAAACUUAAGAGACCUAAACAACUACAAGAAAUCCUGGAUAUUGCCAGAUCUCUCCUUGCCGAAAUACAGCAGCACGAAGCCGAUCCAGAAAUCGAGGAGAAACAGGGUAAAUUAGAACAGCUUAAGGCCGUUUUGGAAAUGUACGGGCAUUUUUCGGGCAUCAAUAGAAAGGUUCAAAUGAAGUACCAACCGAAAGGCAGGCCUAGAGGUUCUAGUUCCGAUGAUGUAGAUAAACCUGCCGAACCUUCCUUGGUCCUGAUUUUGAAGUGGGGUGGCGAAUUGACUCCCGCGGGCAGGAUACAGGCCGAAGAACUGGGCAGGAUAUUCAGAUGCAUGUAUCCCGGAGGACAAGGUAGACAUUUUGCCGGCGAAUACGCAGGUGCACAAGGACUAGGGCUCCUCCGUCUGCAUUCCACCUUCCGUCACGACCUAAAAAUCUACGCUUCCGACGAAGGGCGUGUCCAGAUGACAGCCGCCGCCUUCGCCAAAGGGUUGCUGGCCCUUGAAGGCGAGCUCACGCCCAUCUUGGUCCAGAUGGUGAAGAGCGCCAACACGAACGGGUUGCUGGACAAUGACUGUGAUAGUAGCAAAUAUCAAAAUAUGUGCAAGUCGAGACUGCACGAGCUGAUGCAGGUGGAUCGGGACUUUUCGCCGGCCGAUCGAGAAAAGAUCAACCCGUGCAAUUCAGUCAGUAUAAACGACGCGUUAGAUUUCGUAAAAAAUCCGUACAAGUGCUGUAAGCACGUGCACGAACUGAUCAAAUCGCUGAUGGAAAUCGUGCAAGUGAAAAAAGAAGAUGGUAAGACCAAAGAAGCUAUAUUAUAUCAUGGAGAGACGUGGGAUCUAAUGUACAGGCGUUGGGGCAAAAUCGAGAAGGAUUUCUACACGAAAAACAAGACAUUUGACAUAAGUAAAAUUCCGGAUAUUUACGAUUGUAUCAAGUAUGAUCUGCAGCACAAUCAGCAUACCCUCCAGUUCGAACAGGCAGAAGAACUGUACAUUUACGCCAAAUAUUUAGCUGAUAUAGUUAUACCACAGGAAUAUGGACUAACGGGUCAGGAGAAACUGACGAUUAGCCAAGGUAUUUGCACGCCAUUGUUAAAGAAGAUAAAGGCAGACCUUCAAAGGAACAUUGAAGAAAUGGGUGAAGAGACUGUGAAUCGUUUGAACCCGAGAUACUCGCAUGGCGUGUCCAGUCCUGGAAGACACGUUAGAACUCGAUUGUAUUUUACCAGCGAGAGCCAUAUACAUUCUCUGAUUACUGUUUUGAGACACGGAGGACUUUUAGAUGUAAUCAAAGACGAACAAUGGCGCAGGGCCAUGGAAUACGUUUCAAUGGUUUCAGAACUGAACUACAUGUCUCAGAUAGUGAUAAUGUUGUAUGAAGACCCUACCAAAGACCCCUGCAGCGAGGAACGGUUUCAUAUAGAGCUCCAUUUCAGUCCAGGAGUUAACUGUUGCGUCCAGAAGAACCUUCCGCCUGGUCCAGGAUUUAGACCGCAUUCCAGGAAUGAAUCUGCGGCUAGUAAGAGUUCUAGUGUAAAUACUUCAGCUACCGCAACGCCAGAAGAGAAUAAGAAUCAGCCUAUAGCGGAGGAAGGAGAAAUUUCCGUUAUAGAAGAAGAGAAGUUUUGUGGGAACCCUCCGAGUAUUUUGGAAUCGACGCCUCAGAAUAACUUGUCACCGGAAGACUUUCCUGAUGCGUAUACUUACACACGCACGGGGAGAUUUAUUAAAACUAGCGCGCCUAUACCAAUAGGAAACUCACACACGGUGAGCGGACACGAAGCCAUGCACCUAGCCAAAUGUCUGAAUGAAGAACUGGCCAAUCAGGCGACUCAAAGAGGAGGAAGGUGUUUCGGCAAUAGAGCGAUCAGUCCCGAACCCGAGCCGAGAUCAAAGAGCUACGAUCAUAAAAGUCCCCAAAAAGGAAAAGCCGAAAAGUUACACCAGAGUCUGGACGCCGUUAACAGCACAGCGCAUAACACCACGGAUGUGUCGGCAACUCCCACUAACCAACCUCCUCCCGUCAAAACCGUCUCUCCACUCGAGACCUACGUCGCCCCCAGUAUUCGCAGACAAGAAUUUGCCGCGUUACACGAAAAACCAGCUCUAAGUCCUAUUUCGGGGUCUAUCGAGUUGGAGUCGCCUACAGAUUCACCUUUACCGGUUAGAAAGAUGUCGAAGAAUGAAAUUCCUUUGACUCAGUUGAAUUUGGCUUUGUUUACGUCGGGGUUAGAGAUGAAACACGCUUGUCGUUUGAGCAGUACCAACGAAUUGCCGUUGACUGAUAUAAAGUUUCAGAGUAAGUUUAUUGAUGACGAUUCGUCAUCUUUGGAGGUGAAUCUGGAGACUGACAUUAAGUUAAUGGAUGAGAACGCUCCGAAAAAGUCUGUUAUACAGCACAGGUCUUUUUCGGAUCCGAACAUACUGGAUCUGGAGUGGAUACACGGUUGCGACAAGGAGUUCCUCAUGCAGAAGUACAGCGACAGUUUGCCGAAAGAGAGCAACCUGUCGCCGCACGAGUUCCCCUUCCCCCCGCGCAGCAUCUACCCCGAACACGACCCAAGGGCCACGUGUCUCCUGUGCGCUCCCCCCUCUCCCAGCCUCCUAACCUUUUUCACGUCGCGUCGCUCGAUGUCUCACCCCGCCGACUCCCCCCGUGUGAUACACCCUUGCGUCUCCAAUUCAGAGUGCGGCGCAGGCGCGGGCAGCGGCGGCGGCGUCGGCUGUCAGACCACCAAACGCCAUCGACACAGUAUUGCCGGACAGAUGAGCUACUUUAAGGUGAUGGGUCUGAGCUACGCGGUGCCGGGGGGCCUCAAGAAGCUGAUAGGGGGCAGUGCCAACAGCCUGUUCUCGACGGCGGUGAUAUCUGGCAGUUCCAGCGCGCCCAACUUGAGGGAUAUGAUACCGAGCACGGCCAGCGCUUCCGCUAUAGAAGGAUUUGGAGGUGUCCCACCAAUCAGGCCUUUGGAGACUCUGCACAACGCACUGUCAUUAAAACAAAUUGAUACGUUCCUGGAUCAGAUGACCAUGGCUCAGUUGUAUCGUACCCCGUCUUCUACUCCUCCAAAACACCCAUCUACGCCACUGCCAACUCCGACUAGCAGUACCGUGACUCAGGGCAAAGGAGAAUCGCUGAAACUCCAGUCGCCUGGUAGCAGCGCCGGCUGGAGUGGCCCACCGAGUUUCGUGUCGAGCAGUGGUCCCUCAUCGCCAGGCUUGUCAGACACCAACUCCAAAGAAAGUAGUAGCGACAUGUCGUCCAGCAUUAUAAGUGCUGAUGGCCUUAAUCUUGACGAGUUAUCCAAAAUAUUUCCCACUGCUCCCGGCUUGGAUAACGACCUAGGAAGCGUUGGCAUGACUCUGGAUACGUUGGAUAAGGAAAUAUCCGGAUCUAUCGAGUUUUCGGAGUUCUAUGCUAACUUACAUAAACCCCGAGAAGAAAGCGGGGAGAUCACUCCAAUAUCUUACGGCUCGGAAAUAGAUUUUAAUACGAACGAAGCCACAGCCGGCUCAUCCUCGGCACUAGAAUUCGAUUUCACCCUCACCGAAGACCUAGACAAAGAAGACAACUCUGAUACCCUAACCAGUCAAGCUUCUAAAUCUUUUAUCGACAACUGCAACGCACUAAGAACAAGUUUGACCGAGAGCGGCAGUUCUGGUUCUAUCACCCCUAAAGUUAUAUCACCCUCAACAGCGAAUAUCAGCGUUUACAAUAACAUUCUUCGAUCAAACGAUUACUACAAUAUGAAACCUAUUUCUAACAUCAAAAGAGCCCACUCCCUUUACACCAAGACCAGUGACAUGAACCCAUCAGACCUUAAAAACUUAGUGAUGGACUUCAGUAAAUUCGAAAAAGAUGUAUCUAGUACAAACACAAACGUCAACAUAGCUAACGUGGGUUGCCUGAAAUGGAGCACAAGCAAGGAGAAGUUUUUCGACAUCACCAAAGACAACAAAACCGAAAAUAUUGACUUUGGAAAGAAUUUAAACACUGGCGCUACCAAGAAAUUAGAAAAAGACACGGAUCUAUUGACCAAACUCACGCCAGGCACUAUUUUAGUUAAAGAGACCUACAUAGAACCGCCUAAGAUAUCUAGGGUGUCGAGGAGUUUUCAUGGUAAAUCUCCCACAAGUAAUAGUUAUUUAGAUAUUUGUGGGGUUCCCAGAAGGGCUAGCGAUAUUCCGUUUAGUAGUAGAACGCAAAACGAGGCGACUGGGGGUUUUAGUAAACUAGAGGGAGUGUUCAUAGGGAAGGGUACAGAAGCAGGAAUGAGAAAUAGACCGCAGUUUUUGACGCAGAUGUCACAGCCUUGUGGAGAGAGUUCCAGAGUAUCGGGGACUAUGCCGAGGAAAACAUCAUUGACGACUGAAUCGGCCAGCAAGCAUCCCCGUUUCACAACUACAAAAGUGGACGAAGCAGAACACGCAGCUUCUAUCGGUUUGAACAAUAAUUGGCCUAGGAAGAGCAAGAACAGUAAGGAACAAAAUUCGGAAAAUGCAAAUAAGGAUAAAAAUUUAGAUUUUAGAGAUGAUUAGUAUUAGUUACUGCUGAAUUCCUAAUAGCUUUAACCGGUUUUGUUCGUUAAAAAAUGUUAUAUUGUUACAGACAGUACUUUUGAUUAAGUUAUAAUCAACGUUACCUGGUUUUAUAAUGUAGUAUUUAAGUACACCAGUAUUGUUUUAAGAUUAACUUUAUUUUAUAUUAAAAAUAUUUUUUUUCAAG